CUAUAAUAUACUUGAAAUGAAACAACAAUUUAAAAAUUAUUUUAAAUAUAUAAUAAUAGUCAUCUUUAUUAUCUUUAUUAUAUUCUUAUAUGAAAAUAAAGUGAAUAAUGCUGCAACAAUAUCAAAAAACAAUAAAACGUCUGCUGAUUACUUACUUAAUGAUCCAUCACAACAACAACAUCAUUUCCAAAAUUCAACCACUAUGAAACAACCACAAUUGAACAACUUUAACUCGAGUUGCAAUUGUUCCUCUUUAUUAAAGACGAAUGAUAUAUUCUUUGUGGAACAUGGCGAAGAAUUACCUCUAUUUGUACCUGACUCACUCUCUCCAAUACAGCCUGAUAUUCUCGACAAAAUGAAUGCUAACAAAUAUGAUGACCAUGGCCUGAUAGUGACAGUGGCCAACUAUGAUAUGCGAAUGGAACUUUACAAUUGGAUCCAACUUUUAGAAAAGGCAGAAGAAAGGAAAUUCGUAGUCUUUUGUAUAGAUGAGAAACUUUAUUUGCAUUUAAUGGUAGCAGGUUAUGAAGAUAAAGCUGUUUUAGUGCCUCAGUCAUGGAUUCUAAGCGACUCCGACCUAGUUAAUAAUAAUAAUAAUAAUACGCUUACUGAUGAUGAGCAUUCAUUGCUUGGUCAAAAUUCAUCUAUUCAAUUGUCUCUUGUGAAGAUACGGAUUCUACAACGGUUAGUGUAUGCAGAUCCACACUUUAAUAUCCUUAUGCUAGAUGUGAAUCAAAUUAUGAUUCGUAAACGGACAAGAGAAUAUAUUCAAGCUUUACUUCAUAUUCGUGAAGAUACACAGAUGAUUGCUACACAAGACAAUAUGAACCAAAGCCCUAUUAGUACAGGUUUACUUAUGGUACGUGGUACUCAUAAUGAGAUUCUAAAACGAGUCCUGGCAAGGUCAAUUCAGAUUCAAGAGAUAGAGCGAGAGAAGAUAAAUCAACAGGAGGCAUUUAUUCGAGCUUUAGAUCAAUUUAGUUUAAAUGUCAAGACAGGCAUGAUGGUCCUGUUGGAUAUGCUUCAUUUUCCCAAUGGAAACAUUUAUUUUGAGAAGAAGCUCUAUAAAUCGAAACAUAUGAAGCCGUAUAUUAUACAUGUGAAUCAUAAAGUAUAAACAAGACAACAAUGAUAAAGCAGUAUAGUAGUACAUAUAACUUACAUUUUAGUCUAUACUCAUCUAUAGUUUGGAGAAGAGAGAAGGCAAUUAUUAAAAGAACAUGGAUUUUGGGGGGUAAACGAAGAUUUCGUAAAUUGGAUAAGUAAUCAAGUAGAAGAUAUGUGGCGAAAAAGACAAAAUUUAGAAAAAGCGUAAGCUACUUUAAUUAUAGUUUUUAUAACAUUUGUUAUUUCAUAACCCCCUUUUUUUUCGAAAAUGAAAAUAAAUCACCCUAAUUAAUUAUAUCGUUUUGCUUAUCUGCCUGGACUGGAUCAAAAAUUAUUGAGGAAAAAAGAAAAACAAUUCCUUAAUAAUAAGCUACAAAAAAAAAAAAAAAAAAAAAAAAAAAAA